GCGUGCGCAGAGGGCGCGACUGAGAAGGCGGGAAAAGACGGGAUGGAGCGACAGGGGGUGGACGUGCCCCACGCGGAGUGCAAGGAGCGGGAGCCGCAGCCGUGCGCCGAGAGCAGGGAGCCGCAGCAGGGCGAGGACAGCCGCGAAGAGGACGCCGGUCGGGAGCCGGCCAGAAGUCAGGUUUCUAGCCCCUCUGUCGCCACCUCCAGUGCCAACCGCCAGCUGAUGAUGCUGGAAGGGAGGUCAGGACCCUACUUUUCCUCUCUGGAUUCAAGCAUCGACAUCCUGAAGAAGAGGGCCCAGGAGCUGAUCGAAAACAUCAACGAGAGCAGGCAGAAGGACCAUGCGCUCAUGACCAACUUCAGGGACAGCCUCAAGAUCAAGGUUUCGGACCUGACGGAGAAGCUAGAGGAGAGGAUGUAUCAGAUUUAUAGUCACCACAACAAGAUCAUUCAGGAGAAGCUCCAAGAGUUCACCCAGAAAAUGGCAAAGAUCAGCCAUCUGGAAACAGAGCUCAAACAAGUGUGCCACAGCGUGGAGACCGUGUACAAAGACCUGUGCGUCCAGCCUGAGGCGGCUACUUCAGAGGAGGAACAGACCCACAAAGAUGGCGAAUGCUGACAGCUGCUGGGAGAGUCCCUCUUCAAGACAGCCACCAUGAGAGGGCUCAGAGGCCACCAUUCGGGCCAGGCUGAGAAAAUUGUUUUUCAGAGUUCUGUAAUGCAUCUUGGCCAAAAAAACCCCCAAUGCUCCUUCUGCCAGACCCAAAACUGCAGGGAGUCCAGCCCCCGACGGGCCCAGCUUUGGUGCUCCCACAAAUUCACCCCACCCAACCCCGCACGGUUGAUUAAACGUUUGACUUUCAGCCCAGCCGUGCUUCCUUCCCACGGAGGCGGAGAGAGCUGACGUGCUCUGGGGAAAGGUGUCAGGCCCUUCCUCACCCGCAGGAGGGGCGAGAAAGCAAACAUCACACAAUUUCUUUUCCCAGCUGAUGUCCGUCCCCACCGAAGCUGCUACCCCACACCCUGCGCCCUCGCCUCUGGGGAACACUCUGCAGCCCUCAGUGGUCUCAUCUGCUCUUCCUCACCUUCCAGGGCUGGAAGGCAGAGACUAUGGCCUCCCUUUCAUGGAGCAAAAUAACUGUUGACUUCCUAAAGUGCAAAUCUGACCCUGUGCCUCCCCUGCGUAAACCAUCUGAGGGUCCCCUCUGCUUGUCCUCAGGGUCAUUCCCACACCUGUAGGAACCCCCUACCAUAACCCCCCCCCCUUGCUGUUUCUGGAAUGUUCCAUCCGGAAUAGCACACGGAAGCUAUUUCACCAUCUCUGCCCAGGGAGCUCCUAUACCUCUCUCAAGGCCUAACGUGGUCCCACUUCCUUCCUGAGAGAAUGAGCGCCUGCCUCCUCUUGCAUCUCCCUUUAUUUCUGCCUGGCUCACGCUGGAUCGUACAGUUUUUUUCUUUUUAGUUAUCUUUUCCCACGUCUGUCUGCCCACGAGGCAAGGGGUUCUGGGCCCACGUGAGUCACAACCAGGUGCCAGGUGUAGACACCACAGCCUGCAGAUGAUUUCCUUUUUUUCUCCUAAUGUAAGAUGUAGUGGUGAUUCCUGUCUGAGCUGCAGCCACCGGCUUGCUAAGCGCCAUGCCCCACUUGGGAUGCCGGAGGAGCUGUAAGCAGGCCUGAGAACACCCCUCUUCCUCAGCAUCAUGGGGAGAGGGCUGAGAGCAUUUCACUUUCUCUGUCCCAGUGGGAGGGACACAAAAUGGGCCUUGCCCCAGGUCACGCUGCCUGUUGGUGACAGCUGGGAGCAGGACUCGGCCUGCUGUCCCCGCCCCUCCUCGCUGCCCCUCUUCCCCAGACAGUGGGC